GUUUAAUUGUGCCCAUUUCACCCAUUGUCCCUGAUGUGACAUCCCUCAUUACAGCCAUUCCACAUGAUGCCACUUGCUUCACUGUCAUUGAUUUAAGUAAUGCAUUUUUUCUAUACCUAUUGAUCAAGAGACACAGCUACUUAUGGUUUUUACUUUUUGAAGGCUGUCAGUUUACCUGGACACGCUUACCCAAGGCUAUGUGGAUUCCCCAGCUGUUUAUUCGCUGGUACUCCAACAUACUCUAAACAACAUGGACCAUCGGUCAUGGUUCCGUCCUUUUUGCAAAAUGUUGAUGAUUUGUUGUUAUGUAACCCUAGCUAUGAGGCAAGCACUGUGGAUACUGUCAGCAACUGUGGGUCACAAGGUUGUUAAACACAAAAUGCAAUUGUGUAAAUCAAAGGUUGAAUACUUAGGUUUUGUUCUGGCUUCAGGCACCAGACAAUUGAGUCCAAAACGUAUUGAGGUCAUUCAGAGGAUUCCUACACCCACUACUCGGAAGGAGUUGCUCACCUUCCUCGGCAUGAUUAAUUACUGCCACCAAUGGAUCCCUGAAUGCUCCCAUUAUGACUCAAUCCUAAGGGAGGCUGUACGUUCUGACAGCCCUGAAAAUGUCUGCUGGUCACCAGACAUGCUAGCUGCAUAUAUUGCCCUUACAGUUGUUAUUGUGCAAGCCCAGGCUUUAGGACUACUUGUGUAUUGUAAACCAUUUCAUUUGUAUGUUUGGGACAAGUGUAAAACCAUGGCCGCAGUCUGUGCACAAGAGCAAGGAGGCGGUAUGCGUCCCAUAGCAUUCUUUUCCAAAGUAGUUCAAGUUCCGGUACAGGGUAUGCCGGCGUGUCUCAGAGCAUUGAUAGCAUGUGCAAUGGCUGUUGAAACUGCUACUACUAUCACACUAGGGCAUCCUACAAUACUUCAUGCCAGUCACCAGGUCACUCAGCUGAUAACAAAUCUCACCACACAACACAUGACAGCCCAGCACUUAAGUGGUUAUGAGAUUCUUUUUUUAAAUACCCACAAUCUGUCUUUUGGAUUAAACAAGGUUUAGAGAAAGAUCAAAAUGAUCUGUUCUCUAAAGAGGGGAGAAUAGGCAUACUUGAAGAAUAGGCAUACUUGAAGCAAGCUGCUUUAUUUUCAUCAGUCAGGCACAUAGCAAGCACCAUUCAAUUCUUCAUGAAUUCAUUUUAUAUUAGGAAUCUCAGGCAGCAUGUACAGUCGUUUGUAAGAUUGUGUGAACGCUGCUCUUUUUACACACUUACAGAUUGAUUUUAUUCAUGUAUCCAAAAUUGGUAAGAAACAGCAAUACUUACUGGUCAUAGUUAAUCAGUUUAGUAGAUGGCAUGAGGCCUUUGUGACAUCUAGGGAAGAUGCUAGUGAAGAUUAUUGUUACUGAAAUUAUUCCCAGGUAUGGCUGCCCUCUGCAGAUUGGCUCUGAUAAUGGCCCGGUUUUUGCCAGUAAGAUUGCCCAGGAACUUGCUAAAUUCUUGCAAGUUAUCUGGCAGUUUCAUAUACCCUAUCAUCCACAGAAUACAGGGGUAGUUGAAAGGAUGAAUAGGACUAUUAAGGAAAAGCCCAGAAUUUACCCAGGAACAUGGGUAAAUUGGACAAGAUAUCUACCAGCUAUUUUAGCUGAGAUAAGAAUGAAUCCCCACAAGGUGAAUUGUUGAUAAAACCGAAUGGUAUGUAUGACAAUGUUUCUUCGCAGUUUUCCCUGACCUUCACAGGAACCUACUCAUUCAUACCAGCCCGGUGACAAGGUGUAUAUCCGUCAGCUGAACAGGACCAAGAAAGGAGGAUACCCUUUUGGACCACCUGCUACUGUGAUUGCUGUACCCAGAACCGCUGUCCACAGAUUCCCACGACAUCUGGAUUCACGCAUCCCGAGUGAAGCUGUGUCCAAAGAGGGGAACCAAGGAAGACAACACCACUCCUCGCUCGGAAACAGAAGAAUUUCUCCUCAGCGAAGCAUCAUGGUUUUCACACCAUAUCGUAGAUUGAGAGGAUCAUACGUACCUGAGACCAAGAUUAUGUUGUGUGCUAUGCUUUCUGGAGUUGUUAUACUCCCUCUGAUAUUGUUCCUUGAAUGCCAUUAUGAGUACAAGUCAAUGGCAAGUUCUGGAAAAAGACUCUGACAUGAUGAACAAUUCUUCAAUACCCCCAGCCCAAUUAGGCCUUAGCCCCUCAUCUAGCAUUCGUCACACACGCCCCCUCAAGAACCUUUCUCCACCACCUUUCUAUCAGUAUGUAAUAUGCAAUCAUUCAUUUACUGAACGCAUUUGGAUGAAUUGGACAAAUAGUAACCCUUAUAAGUACCAGUUACCCAUAUGAAAAGUGUCUACAGCUAAUGAAACCGAUGCAUUAUGUUUGUUUAAAGGUUCACAGAAAAUUGUUAGAUCUUAUAACGCAGAAAUGUGCACAGUUAAGGUUGCAUAUCAAUGUAAACAGACAGGCCUUAUUACUUUUAAUAAUGAUUAUAUAACUGGUAUCAUUAAUUGGAAAAAGGGCCAAAUGUUAGUCAUUAUGAACGACACUGCAAUUGAGAACUAUACACUACCUUAUAUUUUUACACCUUAUUACUGUCCUUUAUCCACUACCAUAGAACCAAAAGUCAACCACGACACACACACACCUAUUCCAUCCACAUGUGUUAAUACAACUGCCUUCUUACAAGCUGUACAUGUGUCAUUAAAAAUCACUACUUCUGUUGUAACAUUAUGUAACACAGCAAACAAAGGCAGAAAAGGGAAUGGUAUGACACACUGUUAGGAGGUGCUGGAACCACUAUGGGUAUACUAAAUAGUUAUAGAUAUGGAGACCCUCAAGAAUAAGUUAAACACAGCCAGCAUGCAUAUAGGGACUGGUUUUCAUGCUACUGCAAACUGGGCUCCAAUUGUUGUUAAAUCACAGGUUAUAGGAUUGGAUUUAGAUAAAUCAAUGUAUAAUUAUUUAGAUAAUUUAACUGUUGCAACUAUGAAAUUCACUACAGGUCUAAGUAACUGGAGUACUUGUGCCAUCAGGUAUUUAUGGAUACAACAACAAGGAUUGGCAUUAGAAAGCACACUAAUGAUUCCUAAACUAGAGAAGAUUAGAGGGAUGCUUGACCUCACAGAUAAUGAAUGGUUACUUCUAAAACCCCAAUCCACUAAAUGCAAUAGAUGGUUAACUGGUAAUGCUUCACAUUUUUUCAUGCUCAUGCUAUUUUACAUUAUAUCAUACAACAUCAAAGGAUGUUAAAUUAGCUUGUCAAUUUAACACAUUACCAGUAUCAGUUUAUGAUCUUUUUGCCAAGAAUUUAACCUGGUGGGCACCCACAUACACAGGGGACUAUAUUUUUCCCAAAGAUAACAUACACAGGUAGCCACACAUAUCCUAAAAGGAGAACUCCUUAAGGUGAGUUCACAAAUUCAGAAUGAUUUAGCCCAUCAUUGGUACGAUGCUUCACUGGUUGGUCCCCUACUGGAUCCCAGAUAAUGAAAUCAUUCUUCUAUCAUUUUGUUAUUAUAGUCCUGAUUUUAUUGUGUAUGAUUUUAUAUAACUGUCACCUUACUUGUACAUUGAGGAAGAGAGUACAGAAAUGAAUCCAUAAUGCAGAACAGAAACAAUUAGAAAUUCUCCUCUCUGCCACUGUAGAGUAUCAACCCAUCUUUAAACUGGGCCUUAGGAAUUACCACAUGGGAAUCGAGGUGAAGAAAUUAAUGAAAGUCCCGCAGGGAGUGACUAGCACCCCUGAAAAUACCAUGUGGAAGUUUCUCUGUCCUGGUAAGAUUUUAUCGAUAAGAUGAGCAAUUGUUUUAUUGCUCAAAGAGGGGAAUGUAAGAAUAUUAAAUAGUUAACUUGUUUAUAUGUAUUUUAUGCUUUUAUAAGGUUUAUAACAUGAUUAUUGCUGACUGAAGGAAUAUUGAAUACUUAAACGACAUAAUAUGCUGACUGUGACAGACUAAGGUAUUUCUUCUAUAGGAUGUAAGACAAUGCUAAAAUUUCAGGAUGUCUUGCCCAUUCCGAUUUCAGGAUAUUCUUUUCCAGACGUAUGCAAAAGCUUAUCUUUCCAUUGUCAGAAUAACGUAAUAUAAGGAAGUAAUAAAUCUUAUAGUCUGUACUGUAUUUGCAUAUACCAUGGCUAAUGUAAGCAAACUAUGUAUAAAAGCC